UAUCUCACUAUAAAUGAAUUACCAAUUUUAGAACGGAACAAGUAUGUCUUACUUGCUGGCUUAUACAUAGGAUCUAAAGAUCCUAAUCAAAACGUUUUUCUACAACCAUUUAUUAACGAAGCUAAUAAACUUUCCACAGAAGGAUUCAAAUGGUUUCACAAUGGUAAAGAAACUAUUAGUAAAGUUAUUCCACUUUGUUGCAUUGCUGACUCAGUUGCAAGAUAUCAACUACUUAAUUUUCAAUCAUUUGCUGCCUAUUAUGGUUGCACAUUUUGUUACCAAAAAUCGGAACGCACACGGAAAGGACAAAGAUUUACAAUUUCAAUUCAUUCUGCUGAGGAAAGAACUUUAGACUCUAUAAAAAAAGAUUUGCUUAAAGCAUAUCAGAGGAAAGAUGAAACAAAUAAAAGCAAAAGACAGUAUAGAGGAGUAAAAGGUUUUUCAUCGUUAAUGUUAUUAAAUUUCUUCAACUUUACUGCUGGAUUUGUAGUUGAUUAUAUGCAUAAUAUUCUACUUGGAGUUACCAAAUUACACACUGAACUUAUUUUACAAUCUACUCGCAAAAAAUUUUGGCAUAUCUCAGAAAAUGUAGGAAUGGAUCAUAUACGGAGUACAAUUGAUGAACGACUUUUAAUGAUACAUCCCCCUUCUUCAAUAACAAGAACUCCUCGCUCCAUUAAAGACAUAAGUAAGUGGAAAGCAUCUGAGUGGAGAGCAUGGUUAUUAUUUUAUUCUAUGCCAUGUUUGAAAGGUCUGCUGAAAAAGAAGCAUAUAAAUCAUUUUGCAAUGUUAUCUACAGCAACUAAUAUUUUACUUUAAAAAUCAAUAACACGUGAAGAAGUGUUUCAAGCUCAUAAACUUUUUUUGUGCUAUAUGUAUUUAUUUCAAAAAUAUUUUGAUAAAGAAAACAUGGUGUACAACAUUCAUCUUCUAUCACAUAUUUGCAAAGGUGUUCUCAACUGGGGCCCAUUAUGGACUCAUAAUUCCUUUCUGUACGAAGGUCAAAACCGGCAUCUUAUGCAAUUAUAUCAUAGUCCUUCGCAUGUUAUUUUACAAAUAGCGCGUAAGUUUCUCAUUUAUACUUCAAUACCCCAUUUAUGUUCAAAGCUUAUUUUGUCACAAAAGACUAUUGAAUUUUCUGAGAAAAUUUUAAAAAGAAAUUUUAUUUGCUUUAUGCGUUGUAGAGAAGAAAUUAUACUUUUAGGAAAAGGCGAAAAAUGUUUAUUAUCAUCCGAGGAAGAGCAAUUACUUGUGAUAAACGGUAUGUUAACUGAAAAUUAUCUAGUUUAUCAGAAAAUAAUUUAUAAGCGGAUAAGAUAUACAUGUAGUAAAUAUAAUAACAAUAAACUUAAUAAUGACUCAUACAUAUUAAUCAGCUCUAGAGAAAAGGUUGUAAUUAGAUCAAUUUUGAGAUUUCCAGUUGGUGUUAAACUAAUUGUACAGCAGCUUAACGUAUGUAAAUCUAUUAUUAAAAAUAAAAAUAUAAGAAAUUUUCAUAUUCAAAAAAUAGAUAGCUAUGGCCAUUUAAAAUACAUCGACGUAAAUCAAAUAAAAAAUCAGUGCAUUUUUAUAGAUGUAUCAUGUGCUAACUAUGUGUGUGAAAUGCCAUUCGGCUGUUACGGAGACUGAAAAGAAUUCAGAUAAUCUUAC